AUGAUGUAUACCUCAAAGUCAAAAGCAGUAAAGUCCCGGUGUGCUGCGCUUAACGAUGCCGGCAAUCUCCUCGCCAUCCUGGCCGCGGCCAAUAACUCUGAAGUCGUACCCAUGCCGUUCACCCGCAGAGACGCGCUAAACCUGCCUGAAGACGCAGGGCUUCGACGGUGUUCAUAUCCCUUGCACAAGGCGGCUGACGAAUGGAGCCGCGAAGAGGAACAAGCGAUCUGGGGAGAGGCACUUGUCCUGGGCGAAAUCCAGGUCCGCCGUCCUCUUAUUGGUCUAAAAAGAUGGCAGGUCUAUUUCGGGCGCCAUAGUAUCCGGGAUUGCACAUGUCGACUGGCCAAAGCUGGUAUGCAGGAACAACAUCCGCAGAUAGAUGUAUGGCUGUGA